AUGUAUUACAUUCUCUACCUUGCAAGUCUCUGCAAGCGCAGGCACUGGUCAGAACCAAACUAUGACGCCUUCCGCAGCUCCACAGGGUACACUUGUGUGGUCCGCGUGAACAAUCGCGAAUACAAGGCAGAUUCAAUCUGCGAAUCCGAGAUCAUGGCGCGCGAGAACGCCGCAAUGCGAGCGUAUCUAAUUUGCCGGAAUUUCUCCGUCAAUGAUGGCAUGUAUCCGGCCGGCCAUGAUCACGGUGGAGUUCUGCAGGGGAUCCCCGUUGCCAUUGGCACUGGGCGUGGUGAUAGGACAUCUCGUUACAGUAUCAAUAACGCUAGUUCGACGGACGAGAGUGAUUCAACGUCGAUUAGUGGUGACAGUCGCAGUGGUGGAAGCAGCCCUGAGAGCCAUGAUGGUGCGAGGUUGAUGAGUCAUGAUCAUGAUCGUCGCCAGGGUGUUCCUGCGCGAGCUUUGAUUUAUCGUUACUGA